GAGCAGACAAGAUCGCACAGCCCAUCUUUAUCCAAUAUUCAUCGCAUCGGUAUCAAUUAAACCAGUCAAGUAAUUGGUCAUUAUGCCUUUUUAAUGAAUUGCUUUGAUUCAAUGCCGGGUCUGCAUCUGCAAGAAUGCCCUGGGUAGCCAAGGUAACAGACCUUAUAGACAUUUUUGGCAGUGCGGUGCCAGACGUCAUCCUCUCUGAAGGCUGUUUGUGCUCCUCCCUCCUCUGCAUUUGACGCUAAUUGAAGGGAGAAGAGGAGUGUAUUACGUAUUUCUCUGUCAACUCAACUUUUAGCUGCGCCACUGUUUCUGUCACGACCAGUCAACAGAUCCACCCACCGGCGACGUUUUUGUGGAGCGCGCGUCGUGUGAGGAGUAUACAGCUUAUUGUGAAAUAUUUAGUGGCAGGCUAGAGAUACUUAUUGCGUUUCUUUAGUAAUGUGGCUACUACGAAAAUUGUAGGCGUAUCUAGGAACCACUCCAAAACAAACAGAAGGAGCCGAACAAGGAUCUCCACUCCCUCUCAGACUUGCUGGAAAAGCAGGUUAUUUGAAGACUAAACGACCAUGGAAGAUAGCCCUCAGCGGGCCGUGCAAGGCCUGGGCUCCUUCCCGUGGUACGUGGGGGGGACUCAGGUUCUGGGCCUGGCCUGUGUGGUGAUCACGGGCGUGUGGAUGGGCAGCUAUCACGGAGGCUACGCCUGGGACGGUUCGGGACAGGAGUUCAACGUACAUCCCCUCUGCAUGGUCCUGGGCCUGGUCUUUCUCUAUGGAGACGCGAUCCUGGUGUACAGAGUAUUUAGGAAUGAAAGCAAACGCAAUGUCAAGAUUCUCCAUGCAGUGCUCCACCUUCUCGCCCUCAUUAUCAGCAUAGUGGGUAUCGUGGCUGUGUUUGACUUCCAUAAUCAUAACAAGAUCCCCAACAUGUACUCCCUCCACAGCUGGUGUGGCAUGCUCACCUUUGUUCUCUUCUGUGUACAGUGGCUGAUGGGGCUGGGUUUCUUCCUCUUCCCUGGGACGUUAAUGGCGCUGCGGAGCUGGUACCUGCCGCUACAUGUCUUCUUUGGCCUGGCCAUGCUCGCCAUGUCCCUAGCCACCUGCCUACUGGGCAUUUCAGAGAAACUGUUCUUCAGUAUCCAGCACACAUAUUCACAGUUUGUGCCAGAGGGGAUCCUGGGUAACAUGCUGGGACUGGUGUUAGUAGCUUUUGGGAUUCUGGUAGGCUACGUGGUGACACGGGAGGACUUCAGAAGACCCCCGCACCCAGAGGAGGAGGCCUUAUCUGUGCACUUUAAGACCCUGACUGAGGAAGGAGGGAGCCCCAACUCGCCUUAACAUCCCCUUUUCGCUUAAACCAGGAAACACUCUGGUCUGAAAAGCUACUGUGUGUGCAGACUUUUAGUAAAAAAAUCUGGUGUAUGAGAGCUGGGUUAGAACAAAAGCCUGCACACUCGGUAUCUCUCCAGGACCAGUUGGAGAUCUGUCUGAUAUGCUGUCUCUCCAUUUCAUGUCACAUCUCAAGAGCCAUUCUACACCCCCUUGUGGCGAAACUGAGGUAUGAGGACUGAUUUGACCAAUGUAUUUAAUUGCUGCCACAGAUGAACCAUCACAAAAGUGCCAUAUUAGGUCUCUCAAAACAAAAUAGCCUUUGAUAUGUAUUUAGUGAGGACAAAGCCUUGUGUCCAAGCCAGUUAGUUAGUUGUGCCUUCAUCUAGGGCAGUAGGGUUAUACUUUGUAAUACUGCCCAAACUGGUAACACUGGAAGUUACUCCUCGUUAAACAAACUCUUAACUUCCAUGACUUUCAAGCUUGUGAUAAAUGAAGAAGUUGCAGUUCAUUCAGGGAUAUGUUGUUCGUUGUGACAAAUAUUGAAUUAACCAUCUGUUGGCAGUGCUGAAUUUAUGAUAAACUGAAAGGACCAAAAGAAUGCACCAAGUUAUGACUGAACGAUGCCUGGAUGUUUUGGGUUGAAUUCUAAAUGACCCCUAGGCACUCCUGUAGAUCUGAAAGGAUUGGAUAUCUUAAAGCAGUUUCUUCACCAUUCCUUAUGUUCGGCUGGGUUGAAUUUUUACUAUUGAUUCAGGGUUUCCCAACCCUCUCCUCAGGCCCCCCCCAGACAUUUCAUAUUUUUGUUUUAACCCUAAACUGGCACACCUGAUUCAAUUAGUCAAAGGUAUGUGACAAAUACGAUUUGAUUUUGACACCGAAAAUCAGGAUAAUCUUUUCAGACUUGAAGGGUGGAUUUAGAAAGGUGAAAGGCACUACAACCAAGACAUUUCAAUGUAACUAACUUUUAAAUGUUCUUACAUCUUAAAGGUUAAUUUGACUGUAGUAUCGGUAUGUGGUCAGUUAUAUUGAGAAGUGUCAAAUAAAUGCAUGUUCUUAAGUGAUAUGCAGACUUUUUUCAUCUUAGUUACUUUAAUUAAUCUGUUUCACUAUGACUGUGUAGAAGUAGUGAUGACCUGUCCAGUAGAUGGCAAGGGGUAGGCCUACUUAAAGCACUGAAAAUCCAGAUUCUGUGAUCAUAAUAUUGUAGAAUCUGGAUCAGAAUCUGAACCUUUUUGAAAGAACGGCUCAAUUGAUCGGAUCCAGAAUUGCAAAAUAGGGGUUUACAGAAUCAAGAUAAUUUUUAUCCAGAUUAAACGUUUUGAAAAACUGGGCUAAGGGGUCAAUUUGGUAUUCAGAAAAUAUCUUUAUGCUUCUGUAGUGUUUAAGUGUAAAAUGCUCAGAGAAGGGAGUUAUAGUAUGUGUCAAACUGUAUGUAAUUGUACAUUAAAUAAGCUGCUUAUAUCGGUUGUAUCCAUGUUUGCUGUAUAUGAUUGUAUUUAAGAGAAUAGAUAUUAUGUAACAGUCAAUGCUUUUGGCAGAUUAAUGUGUCAUGUAUUCUGUAAUUUGCUUUGUUUAAAGCAUCUACUUGUCCUCAUAUUUAAUCAGUUUAAAGCAUAAUGUAACUAAGAUUACUUGAGAUAUAAUAUCACUGCUUAUAUAUUUUCACUUGUGAACUUGUUCUGUACAGUAGACACUGCUGACUGACCAAAUGAUUACAACCUAUAUUGCCGUCAUCACUGUUAUUAAAGAUGCAUGACUCAAUCAUGACCUUGAUACUG